GCUAAUGGCCGGCGAAAAGUAACGUUGUAGAAAAAAUGGAAAUAUAGCGAUAAAUUAUCGUGCUUAUCCGCAAGUUAAGCUAAGCUGCAAACCUUUUUCGGGUUCUGAGUAAUCAAAAUGACGUCAUUUGUGAAGCGCGAACUUCUGAAACAUCUGACCCGAUUCGCCAAAAAUGUGGACCCCGCCAAAAUCAACAUCAGCGCUUACAGAGGUGAAGGCGAGCUGAAUGGUCUUGAACUGGAUGAACAAGUUUUAAUGGGCUUGCUUGAGUUGCCAACUUGGCUCAAUAUCAAAUCCGCCAAAUGCAACCGGCUCACGAUCAAGAUCCCUUGGACGUCGCUGAAAUCAAAACCAAUUGGCAUCUACUUGGACUGCGUGAGUGUUGACAUGGAGACCUGCGAGGAUUUGAGAAGGGGGAGUAGUUCUGGGUCUAACGUGGGGGCAGGCGCAGCGGGAGGUGAGAGCGCCAAGUAUGGUUUUGUGGAAAGAGUGGUGGACGGGAUUUAUGUCCACGUAUCGUCUGUGCUGAUAUCAUUCAAGUCGUACGCUUUCUCAGCUGACAUCGACUUAUCUCAGAUAGGCGUCGAAAGUGUCUCUCCCAGCUGGGAUCGAACAGAAGAUUUAAGAAAGACCAGGGUGAAGGACGAGACACGUGACCAGGUCAUCAUCUUCAAAAGAAUUCAGCUCGGCGUGAUCCGGAUAGCCCUGAAUGCUCUAGAUGCUCACGAUGCUCCCAUACUACUUAUUAGCAAUAAUUCUGAAGUUCAAGUGGCAAUAAAGAAACGUCUGAACGACUGUGGGUUUGUGGCGUCCAAAGUCAAGUUCAUCAUUGAAGACCUCCUUUGGGUGCUGAACGACUCUCAGAUCAAAGCUGUUGUGUCAUACAUCAAUAUGUUGAAACCCUUAAUCAUGAAGGCGCACAAAGCCAGUCAGCUCAAUUCAGGCGGUGCUACAAGUUCAGAACAAGAGCACAUGAAGGUUGCAUCGGCAAACAGUCAUGGCGGGGGUUCGAACUACACAUCAGCGACUUCCUUUCGGCUUCCGAAGAACGACACGGAAAUCAAGAUGUGUAAACUGUUUGACUUGAAUGACAUCCACGAGACCUCAUACCACUUAGUCUGCCGCAGAAUAGAUCUGCAUCUGGUCGAAGACAAUUCCAAACGAGCAAAUAGUGUGCCACUGCGACUUGAAGGAGGUGCUCUGCAGUUAUCCUUGAGGAAUCUAUGUUUUGACCACUAUCCCUAUCAUCUUGUUGCUAAUUCUGUCCAAGAAAUUUGUCCUCUAAGUCAGACUUUCUAUCACUGGGAGAACUAUUCAGAUCUGUUUGAGGCUCGUAACACUUGGGCGAACCAAUUAAUCACACACUUUAAGGAGCAGUACUUGAGGUUGAAAAGUGAAGGCAAAAUUGAUGACUUAGUGGCCACUGAGCUGAACUUCUACGGUACAAAUCCUGUAUCGAUAGAAGCAAGGUCACGCAAGAAAAAGCCUGGUAGCAUGCAGACACUGCCUACAUUUGUGCCACAGCGACUGAUGUCCUCCUGCUUCGUUCUGUUCCUCGACUCGUACGCGCUGCACCACGUGACCAGCAACAAGACUAGUGGCUCAGAAGUGAUGAACGGCAAAUUGAUCUACAGUGACAAGAGCACCUUCCACAUUCCAGCAGACGUGCCAUCGCUACUGGCCAUUUACACAGACUACUACUUCACUUAUGCCUCGCCCAGUAUAGUCACACAGCCCCAGCCAGGGGGAUCCGGUGCCAAGGGUCCGCCUAGCAGUGGGGGCAGGAAGAGGACAGAGGUGUCAGCCGCUGUUCAUUCCCUACAGUCCGAAAUCCAACAACUGCCAUUACCUCAAGCCAAUUUGCACGUGAAGUUCAACCCAUUUUGUGUUGACUUCGACCCGAACACUCUCAUAUGGCUGAAUGCAUUUGCAAAAAGAGUCUCCAAAAGUGUGGACUUAGAAAGAGUGGGAGUACAGCCAUAUCAGCAAAUGCCAGAAGGAUCUUCGACGGAAACCGUGAUGCACGUUGAUCUGAAAGCUGACUUUUUGAUGCCUCAGAUUAAAUUAACAUUGGAGAAACAUCCCGAAGACCAACCGGACAGACCGAGGGGAAUCGAGAUUGCUCUUUCGUCUGCCUCGAUGACAAAUGUGCACGAUAGAAGCAAAGUCGAGCGAGGGAAGUUGCUGGGAGAUAUAUGUGAAACUUACGCAGCAGAUAAGAAGACAAGCUUCAAAAUACACCCGCUUGAACUGGACACAAAUUUUCACGAGUAUUUUCCCUCGACGAUCAAGCCAGCGAGCUGCAAAGGAGCCAACAUGAUGAGAUACCCUGGGUUCCUGGACACCGUUGUAAUAGACAUUGAUCAAGCUUGGAGCGAUUGGUUUGGAAUCAAAACCACCAAGCUGGGUCGACUGCCUCUAGUUGACCCGGUCAGUUUUUCGAUGUUCGUUUCGUACCCACAAUUACAAAAACUGGUACAAAUCGGGAAUUCGCUUGCCAGCCAAACUAGUGAAAGAAAUUCUCGGAGCUCAUUUUCAAAUGGAUCUUGGCAUGGACAGGUGGGUAAUAGUUUAACGGCCAACAAUAACUUAAACAACAACGAACAAGUGCCACCUAAUGUCAACCAAGUGACUCCUGAUCUUCUGAAAGGUUGCAAAAAGAGCAGCCUCAGCAGUUCUACAAACUACACUUCAAUACCACAUCCAUUAGAUGCAGAAUAUACCGAACGAUCGGAUCCAUUAAUUCAGAUCAUGUUUACAUCUAAAAAGAGAGUCACAUUGUACUUGGACCAUUAUCAGUUUAUUGUUUUGAUGAGACUACAAGAAAUGGUUUUGAAAACUUUAGAAAUUAUGGAGCAAGAUACGAAACUUAUACUUGGAGAUCAAUUGGCACAGCAACCUGGUCAUAAAGAAAUGAAACUUUCUUUCAUUGGUAUUUUCCCGAGCUUAGACAUUGUGUUUUUACUGCCUCCUCAGCCAGAAUCAGCCGAUGUUAUAGCAAGUCGAAGAUCGCUCUUGCUCUCGGCUACUCACGAGUUCGUUGCAGCAGAGUCUAGCAACCUGAAUAUUGAAGCAGUAGAAAUCAAAUCCGAGUCAGAACUAUCGAACUCGAAACAUCAUUUAGCUGCUGCGAACGACGAGGAAUUCGAGGCUUGUUCAACAACAGGCGGAGGAGAUCAAAAAAUGUCGGACGUGAACUCGGAAGAUGCAGAAUCACUUGUCAAUGCUCCUCCAAACAUUUGCUCCGAACAAAUCACAUCGCUUCCUGUAAUCACAAUACACACGCAAGAUAGCGGAGCUACAUUUGCUAGCAACAGUGAUUCGACCGAGCAGCCAGUGUUUCGCAAAAGCAUGUCUGGAUCAGAACGCCCGAUGGCGAAUAACUCUUCUUCUGGCUACUCAACGACUUCAUCCGUAAAGGGGUCGGUUGGUGGCAACAAGGUAACCUUGUCGAGCUUAUCAUCCGCUGCUGGAAACCUUUCUGCAAAGUUUUCAAGUGCGGGAUCCUUAAUGGGAAAGACAUUUACAGACACUAUGUCAAUAACUGGAUCUGAAUUCUCAAUAGGAUCCGGAGGAUAUUCCAGCGAAGAUGAUUUCAUUUGCCUAUCUGCAGAGGGAGGGUCACUAAGCAAGGCGACGAAUGUUGGUCCAAAAGUUGUGGAUUAUGACCAAGAGCUCAAGCCACUCAAUACGUACAAACCCGACGAAGAGUUCUUAGGAGAAGAACGUAAUGAUAUGCCGGUGACUAUAAUGGUUGCUCGUAUGCAGGGAGUAGAGGCUUCUGUUCAGUUAUUGGGAGACAGUGGAUCAUCUGUGGUUCAUGUGGCCCUUCCAGCUCUAGACAUUGAAGACCACCCGAACACUACAUUUUCUAAGUUCCUCACGACGAAUGCUAAAUAUGAUCGUGAAUACGCUUCCGCGAUUGAAUCACACUCGCAGUUGGUACCUGCGAAACCAGCCAUGCCUCUAAUUGAAGCAAGAAUAGACUCACCAGGAGUGGUGUCCAAGGAGCUCUACGGAGGUGUUUGUGAGCAACGAGGGCACCUUGCAGUCAAUAUCCAGAAGCUGAAACUGGGUUUGAAGAUGACAAAUGUACUUGCAAUGAUUGAUUUGAUUGAAGACGAGUUGAUUUUGCCGGUCCCUCCCCUAGACUUGGUUGCAACUGAGAGUGAGAUUAAUAUUGCCCAAGAUGGGCCGCCGAGCAACCCGCUUACCAGUCCGCCUCCAGUUCCGCUCAACCUAAAGCUUCAUGGACUGACAUUGUUACGAGAUGGCGACAACGUGAUGAAUUUGGGAAUACAGCCCAUAGAACCAGAUAGAAGACUAAACUCUUUGUCAGAGUCGGUUGUCAUCAGAGAGCGAGAGCUAGUGACUCGCAACACUGAUUUGGAACAACAGUUACAAUUUGUCAGAAGACAACUGGACGAAGCCUUGCAAGAAAACACAGCGUUGCAGAGGACACUUACCAACAUGCAAAAUAGUCUCUUGCCCCCCACAACUCCACACAAUCACGGAUUCGUGGUUAAUGGAAACAAUAGUAGUCCCACUCAUAAGUAGAAAGCAAAAGCUAGAACUAAGCAGCCUGGGAACGAGAGUAUUUAAUAUUGUUAUCCGACUUAAUGUAAAUGCUAAUGGUAGAAUAAUUAGUAAUUUAUCAAGCGGAAUGCACAUUUCGGAAGUUUCAAGCAAGAUUUAGGCCAUUUUUUUAAAAUUAUUUUCUUCGUUUUCUUGAUUUUCAUACAGUUUAGUUUUGCGUUUCUGCUUAGUGUUGUGUUAGUCUUAGACCGUAACUUGGCGACGUAGCUUUGUUCUAUAUUCACGUAGAUUUUUUUGUUCUUGCGCAAUUCGAACUCUGAGGAGAGGUGCUAGCCUGAAUUUGAUUAUAAAUUAGUCAAUAGGUGUCGUCUUUUUGUUGUCCAAAUAUUUCUAAAAUAAUGAACUGAAUUUCAAUUUCUUCACUCCAAAGUCUAUGCUGUACCCAUUUAAGUUGUAUAUCCUUUCCACAAUUGAAUUU